GUAUACUGAAAAGAGAGAAAGAGAGGGGUAACGUGUGAAUGCUGUGAGAGGAGAAUUGACACGACGUAUCCGUGCCUCGCUUACGUACCCACUUGAAGCGAAGGGCGCCCAAGCCGCAGAGAGACGGGAGACGCGUGACCGCUGAUGAGAGGGGACCGCGGUGUUACCGCGGGGAUUAGUGAUACGAGGAGACUGGUAUGUCGAUUGUGAGCAGCAUUGCGGCUUGAGUUGAACGCGAAGGCCACGAUUGUGCGACUGUUGCGAGACCGACGACGCUGACGCGUGUGCGAGGCGAGCAUUGCGGUCUGACAGCAGUCUUGAAAGUGAACAGCAUCCAGGAGGGAACGUACUCACUCUCUGAAUCAUAUCCGACCGUUCGACGAGUGGCGAAUACUCCAAGACGAUAAUAGCUUUCAAUUUAUAUAAUGAUCCAUUUGACUCCGGAAUGAUAAUAUGAUUUACGAUUCAAUUUACGAUGUUCUUUCAAGGUGCAUUGUGAACGGUGAAAGACCCGUCGUCCAUUGGUACCAUUCCUUGGAGAAUUCAAACGUGGAUGACGGUGGCCUAAUCGUGCCACGGUAACUUCGCAAAAAUAGCUAGCUUCCGAUUUCUUCAUCUCCGGUUAAUCGUUGGGUAAAGUUACCCCGGUUAAUCGCCGCUCCGUCUUCUCCUGAGCCACGGUCUGCAACGGAUAGAAAGCUGAGAUUAGCUAACUAAUGCCGAAGAAACGGACCAGAAGGGAAUCAUAACAAGUAAUGUGAUUCUCGCUAGACGAGAUUCUUUCGCAAUACGUAACAGUGAGGCGCCGCUGGCAGGUGCAUUCGGACCGAGAAGCGCGCGAAAGAAGACGAGUGCGAGGGGAAGGCGAAGAGGAGACAUAAAAAAAAGACCUAAAAAAGAGGAGGAAGAAGAAGGAGAACGCAGAAAUCGGUCGUCGAAAGAGUGAGGCCCGCGCGAGUAAGGCCCCCUACGGCGAUAAGGCGAGGCCCGGGUGCCAGUAGAGGGAACGACGUAUGUAUCGCGCGGGGCCGGUCGCGCGGACCGGGCCCGUUGCCGUCGCCGCUGCUACUCGUGAGAGAUCGCGCGCUGACCCAGAUUUCGGCGGGUCAAACCGGCGCGAGGAGGCCGCGGCGGACUAUCUGAAAUGGGACACGGCGCAGCCUGGAGCUAAAUUAGCCGCGAUGUCCAAUAAGAGUAAGUCCCAGCCGCAGCAGCAGCAGCCGCCGCAGCCGCAGCAUUAUCAGCAGCAACAGCAGCAGCAGCAGCAGCAACAACAUCAUCCUCCGCACGUGAUCAAACCAGUGGACCAACUACCGCCGCGCUAUCAGCCCCCGCCGCAGCCUACCAGUGGCAUCUUGAAGAAUCAUCUUCAUUUCGCCAACGGAGCUACGUCGGCGCCGAGCUCGGCUCAAGCCGGCAAUAAUCAAGGUCCGGGCGCGGCCUUGAGCCAUCACCAGAUAGGCACACAGCCGCGCACGUUGCCGCCGCCCCCGCCGUCCUCGCAGCAUCAUCAACAUCAGCAGCAACAGCAGCAGCAACAGCAUCAAUCGCAGCAGCAACCGCAGCCGCAGCAGCAACAGCCACCGUCGAAGGAUGCGCAGAGCAAGUACUCGCCGAGGAUAGAGCAUCGUCAUCAUCCCCAACCGGGUAACCCGCUGAUCGCUGCCGCGUCGGCGGCAGCGUCCAAAGGCCAACAGCAGCCACAGUCGACUUACCUCCAACAACCUAAGCUCGGCCAGGGCCCGUACUUGCCACCUAGCAGCCAGUAUCCGCCGGUGGGCAACAGCCAGAGCGCGCCGGUCAGACAGAGGAUCAGCGACGACGAAUUCCUGCGACUCGGUCCCGUGGAGAUGCUCAAAUUCGUGCGAAAGACCGAGAGUGACAUCGCUAGGCUCGCCGCCGAGCAGAAUCGCCAGAUACAGAACUUGUUGAAUGAGCUGCGGUUGCUGAAGGAAGCCAACCAAAGAUUGAACGACGAUAACCAGGAACUGCGCGAUCUCUGCUGCUUUUUAGACGACGAUCGACAAAAGGGUCGCAAGCUGGCGAGGGAGUGGCAGAGGUUCGGCCGAUACACCGUGAGCGUUAUGCGACAGGAGGUCUCGGCCUACCAGAAUAAGCUACGUCAACUGGACAAUAAGCAGCAGGAAUUAAUUAAGGAUAAUCUAGAGCUCAAAGAGUUGUGUCUGUAUCUCGAUGAGGAACGCGGCGGUGGUCAAAGGGACGACGGCGACGGGUCGAGCUCGAGUACGAACGCCGAGGAAACCGCGCCGCCGAGGCCGAGGCACACUUCCACAUUUAACGACCAAACGAUGCAGUACGUGAGGAGCUUGGAGCAACGGGUGAAGCAGUUGGAGGAAGACAAGAGUGUUCUCCAGGCUCGCGCGCAAGGCUGGGACGUGCUACCAUCGGGUGAAGUUUGGGACAGUCCUGCGAGCCCGAACGACAAUACUCACUUGGGAAGCCGGCCGGAAGCCGUAGUGCGCGCUCUUCAGGUUCUGGAGGUCAGGGAACAGCUGGAGAGAGAAGAAGGUCACGACGGUGAAAAGGCGUUAGUUAGAGAGAUGUGCAAUGUCGUCUGGCGGAAAUUGGAGGAAGGUCCGCAAGCGAGGCAUUAACGAUCGUGCCGGGAGAAGUAUUUGUCAAUUUUUGAGUACUGUUAAUAUGAAGCAAUAAAUUCUAACGUUCGUGACAUGAAGAUAGUAUAGCGAAUAAUGUAAACGAUAUUUUAUGUAGAUUUUUAUACGAUUGUACAAUAAUCUCAGCAUGAGAGUACCGAUAGUAUCUAUUUAUGUAAAUGUAGCUUUUACAGAUUGUUUAUUAACAAAGUAUUUUUAUUAUAC